UACCAACAGCACACCUUCUUGAUUUUGAAGAAGUGCGGACUGCAAUUUUAGCUAUUGGGCAAUAGCAGCGUCGCGAACAGGAAUCCAGAGGUACAGCACGAAUUGUCGGAUCGCAGAAGAGGAGGCAGGUGACAGUCUAUGCAGGCAGAUCCACCUCCGCUUGGCAGUCUGGACGCGAGGCACAUCGGUGGAAAACUACUGUUGUUCAUAAUCCUUUAUUGUGUUAAUAGAUGCUACAUAUUUAACUACAUGCAUUUUAAUUUAAUCGUUUAGUUAGUUCUCAUUCGAGAUGGACAGCGCGCACACUAAACCCGCAUCUGAAGUUUUAGAGAACUUCGGUGUGAACGAAAACACUGGACUCACCCUCGAUCAAGUGAAAUCCAAUUUCGAGAAAUAUGGACCGAACGAGCUCCCUGCUGAAGAAGGCAAGUCCCUUUGGGAGCUGGUGGUGGAACAGUUUGAGGACCUCCUGGUCCGGAUCCUGCUGCUGGCCGCCUGCGUCUCCUUUGUGCUGGCCCUAUUCGAGGAGGGCGAGGAGACCGUCACAGCGUUUGUGGAGCCCUUCGUCAUCCUGCUCAUCCUCAUCGCUAACGCAGUGAUUGGCGUCUGGCAGGAGAGGAACGCGGAGAACGCCAUCGAGGCCCUGAAGGAGUAUGAGCCAGAGAUAGCCAAGGUAUAUCGCAUGAACCGCAAAGCCGUCCAGAGAAUCAAGGCCCGGGAAUUGGUGCCAGGGGACAUUGUCGAGAUUGCCGUUGGUGACAAGGUCCCUGCUGACAUCAGAAUCACCUCCAUCAAGUCCACUACCCUCAGAGUGGACCAGUCUAUUCUCACAGGGGAGUCUGUGUCAGUCAUCAAACACACAGACCCCGUCCCAGACCCCAGAGCUGUCAAUCAAGACAAGAAGAACAUGCUUUUUUCCGGCACCAAUAUAGCAGCGGGACGAGCUGUCGGCAUGGUGGUUGCCACCGGAGUUUCCACGGAGAUUGGUAAGAUCAGGAACCAGAUGGCGUCCACUGAACAGGAGAAGACUCCUCUGCAGCAGAAACUGGACGAGUUCGGAGAGCAGCUCUCCAAGGUGAUCUCCCUGAUCUGCGUUGCCGUCUGGGUCAUCAACAUCGGGCAUUUUGGGGACCCGGUUCACGGCGGGUCGUGGAUGCGUGGGGCGGUCUACUACUUUAAGAUUGCUGUGGCCUUGGCGGUGGCCGCCAUCCCAGAGGGCCUGCCCGCCGUGAUCACCACCUGCCUGGCCCUGGGGACCCGUCGCAUGGCCAAGAAGAACGCCAUCGUCCGCAGCCUGCCCUCCGUGGAGACACUAGGCUGUACCUCCGUCAUCUGCUCUGACAAGACGGGCACCCUCACCACCAACCAGAUGUCCGUCUGCCGGAUGUUUGUGGUGGACAAGGUGGAGGACUCCAGCUGUGCCCUGCAUGAGUUCUCUAUAACAGGUUCAACCUAUGCCCCAGAAGGACAAGUGUUGAAAGACGACCGGGUGGUGCAGUGUGCCGAUUAUGAUGGACUGCUGGAGCUGGCCACUGUCUGUUCCAUGUGCAAUGACUCUUCACUGGACUACAAUGAGGCCAAAGGAGUAUACGAGAAGGUGGGCGAGGCGACGGAGACGGCCCUCACUACACUGGUAGAGAAGAUGAACGUAUUCAAGACUGACGUGUCAGGCCUCAGCAAGGUGGAGCGGGCCGGAGCCUGCAACUCAGUGAUCAAACAGCUAAUGAGUAAAGAGUUCACCCUGGAGUUCUCUCGCGACCGCAAAUCCAUGUCUGUGUACUGUACCCCCACCAGCAAAACAGGCUCUGGAAGCAAGAUGUUCGUCAAGGGUGCCCCGGAGAGUGUGAUGGAGCGCUGCCAGUACCUGCGCGUGGGCACGGGAAAGGUGCCCCUGACCCUUCCCCUGCGGGAGCAGCUGACGGCCACCAUCCGGGACUGGGGUACGGGCCGGGACACGCUGCGGUGCCUGGGGAUGGCCACCCGGGACACGCCCCCGAAACCAGAGGACAUGGACCUGGAGAACUCCGCCAAAUUUGCGGAUUACGAGACCGGUCUAACGUUCGUUGGCUGCGUGGGCAUGCUGGACCCGCCCAGGAAGGAGGUGAUUGGCUCCAUCAAGCUUUGCGCCGAGGCGGGCAUCCGUGUCAUCAUGAUCACCGGGGACAACAAGUGCACGGCCGUGGCCAUCUGCCGCCGCAUCGGGAUCUUCCGGGAGGAUGAGGACGUGGCGGGAAAGGCCUACACGGGCCGGGAGUUUGACGACCUGCCCCUAGAGGCCCAGAGGGACGCUGUGAAGCGGGCGCGGUGCUUUGCCCGCGUGGAGCCUGCACACAAGUCCAAGAUCGUGGGCUUCCUGCAGUCCUUCGAUGAGAUCACUGCCAUGACCGGUGACGGCGUGAACGACGCGCCGGCCCUGAAGAAGGCGGAGAUCGGCAUCGCCAUGGGAUCAGGCACGGCGGUGGCCAAGUCGGCCUCGGAGAUGGUCCUGUCCGACGACAACUUCUCCACCAUCGUGGCGGCCGUGGAGGAGGGCCGGGCCAUCUACAACAACAUGAAGCAGUUCAUCCGCUACCUCAUCUCCUCCAACGUGGGGGAGGUCGUCUGCAUCUUCCUGACGGCCAUCUUGGGUCUACCUGAGGCUCUUAUCCCAGUCCAGUUGCUCUGGGUCAACCUGGUGACAGACGGCCUCCCCGCGACCGCCCUAGGCUUCAAUCCUCCAGACCUGGACAUCAUGGACAAGCCCCCCCGCAAUCCCAAAGAGCCCCUGAUCUCUGGAUGGCUGUUUUUCAGAUACCUGGCCAUUGGAGGUUAUGUGGGCCUGGGCACGGUGGGUGCAGCCACCUGGUGGUACCUGUUUGACGAUGCAGGACCUCAGGUGUCCUUCUACCAGCUGAGGCACUUCAUGCAGUGCACCGAAGAUAACCCCAUGUUCCAGGGCGUCGACUGCGAGGUGUUUGAGUCACGCUAUCCCACCACUAUGGCGCUCUCUGUGCUGGUCACCAUAGAGAUGUUCAACUCCCUGAACAGUCUGUCUGAGAACCAGUCCCUGAUCAGAAUGCCUCCGUGGGUUAAUUUCUGGCUCCUGGGAGCCAUUAUACUCUCCCUGUCUCUGCACUUCCUCAUCCUCUACGUGGAGCCCCUGCCUCUGAUCUUCCAGGUGACUCCUCUAAACUGGUACCAGUGGAUCGUGGUCCUGAAGAUCUCCAUCCCGGUCAUCCUAUUGGAUGAGGCUCUCAAGUACCUGUCCCGCAACCACCUAGACGCCUAAACUCUCUCUCCUCUCAUUCUGUGAAAGACAACGAGGACAAGAGGUACAGGAAGAGGCAGCUGACAUUUUAAGAACCAGAACCCCCACCCCACACACACAAACAAACAUGCACUCACAAACACACACUUUCCCGUCCCUUCCUAAGAUAGAAGCCCUCUCUCUCUCCUCCCUCCCUGGACCUGCACGUCCCCCCACCCCCAGAGAACUAGCAGGGCUUGCAUGAGACAGAGGGGACCUAUGUGCGUGUGCAAGAGUGAAUGACCUAGUAUGUGUGUGUGUGUGUGUGUGUGUGUGCGCGUGUGUGUGUGUAUGUCCAAGUGUGUGUGUAUGUGCGUGCGUGCAAACAAGGGCAUGUCCGUGUUCACGUAGGCUCAGGAGAGCGUGACAGAAACUGCAAAACACAUCCAGGAUUCCUGUUGCUUUUUUGAAACUUUCCGCUUGUGGCUUUUUGAAUAGUAACAGUCACAGUGACAUAAUGAGAUGGUUGUGGGUGGGGCGCUCGGUCAGCCGGAAUUGUUGUGUCUGCAGGGGCAGAGAGAGAGAGAGGGAAGUAGAAGGAGGAAGCGUAGCGAGGGGCAGGGGGCGGGGGCAGGGGGCUACUGAGAGGCUUGAUGGAACCAAUAACAGCCUGAGAUACAGAGAGAGAGAGAGACUGGCAUGCUAAAUGGAAGGGAACACACUAGCAACGGACCACUAGUGGAACCACACAGUAUCUGGACACCUCUAUCCCCGGGCCUCUCUGGUGGGCUUUCCUGGGUGAACCCCAGUGUCUGUCUGCUGGGACCCGGGCCAGGCCCAGGCCUCUUGUCAUCAGCUGGACCACCCCAGUACCACUCCUGCUCCUCCAGCCAGCGUGGCACUUUUCUCGCUCUCCCUGUUCCAUCUUUGAUCCUCUCCCUCUACUUUCUGUUUUCUCAACGUUUGUGUGUGCUGUUUACUUUGCUUAUUUCUGCUCUUUGGCUCUGAUUUCUCCUCCUCUCUUGCUCCCUCCUUCUCUCUAUCUUUCUCUGUAGAGGGAGCAGGUAAGCAGCGUUGGGCCUGAGUUCUGACUCAUCCUGCCUUGGGCGGUGUAGUGUAGUGUGAGCGGGGGCGCCAGCCUCCAUCUCCUAAAUGUGUGAAUAGCUUUUGCCGCCAGGCUUUUUUUUUUUUUUUUUUUUUAAAUGUUUUGCUCUUACUGGGGGAAGUCGUGGUCAGCCCGGAGACAAGGCAAGCAGGAAGAAAUGUGAAAUGACAACACCGACUGAGUUCAAACCCACUUGGUCCAGAAUAUUCCGACAUGCAUUAACACCGUGGCUCCAAUAAAGAGCAUAGGCCAUCAACGAAUGUCUUCCAUCUCACUCGGUUCAGGGCAAGUUCAGUGUUGACACUGGAACCUUCAAUAGUCAUGAAUCUAUAAUCCUCCCAGGUCCAGAAGACCUCUGUAUCCUAACCAGAGCUGUAGAUGCCGAGUACUCGUAGAGAGUAGAGGCUCAAAAUAUAGUCGCAUGCUUUCAACAACAAAAAAAACCUGGGAACGAUGGAAAAUCUCAGAGCUAGAGAUUAUUUUUCAGCCUCCAUGGGGGCGUAUCAGUCCCAUAGCUUAGUCUCCCACACAUCAGAAACAUGUCAGACGGAUCAGGACUCUAACGCUCCAAACAUUCUGUACUUCCGUUUGGACCUAUUAGGGUCGGAUAAUGAAUGUAUUUUUGUUCCAGCCUGUUUCCCAUACUCCCUCUGGGCCAGGGCAGGGCCACAACUCUGUUUACCCAACCGUGAACCCUCUUCAGCCCUUCCACACUGUACAGUAACGUCCUUCCAUGCCUUGUUUACUUCCAUCUGACCUUAUUGAAUAGACGCCGCAGCAGUGUCCCAGUCCAUAGUUGCAUGUGUAGUAAGACAGGUUAACUCCGCGCCCCUUUCAACAUACUGCCGUCCUCUCAGCUCUCCGUGCUGCCGCCAGUGCUUCUUGCUAUUGGGUAUUGAUUUCUUUUCUUUUUUUAUGAGUAGUAGUAAUAAAGAUAAUAAUAACUAUGUGUUUGACUGAAUGAAUGAACCCAGGUGGUUUUGGAUUGUUUCUUUCGCUCUUGUUUUGGGGGGGUGGUUGUAGAGCCAUUGUACUCUGGGCUGAGGGCAGACUGGGGCGGGACGCUGAGACACUGCUAGUGUUUUGUGCUUGUUGAGCCUCUUCCUCACACUUCAGCUGUGGCUGGGGCACCAAUCAGAUGAAGUACUGUUUGAUGUAAUCACAGCUCGGUGCUGUUUAGUUGCCUUUUAACCACUGACUUAAAAAAGCUCAUUUGAUAAAGGAAAAAUCUCUGUCACUCUUGGGGAAACGGGCAGUUUCGUUAGCUUACUAGCACAACAUUUGGUUCUGGGUUUGGAGAUUAAACCCAGGAUGGUAUGUUAGUGGUCUUCCUGUCCGCUAGACUACAGUGGCAGAAGGCUUCAGAAGCCCUGGUCUCCUUCCCAGCUCGUCCUCAGCCCUAGACCACAAUGGAUUUGUACAGUACCUUUUUAUUUACUACUGAAAUCUUGAACUCUGUACAGGAAAAAGAGAAAAAAAUAUGAUUGCAUGGAUACCUUCUUACUGUAAUUAAUAACCUAUACAGUAUAUUUAAUUUUUUGAUAAAGUUCAUGGCAUCAGUGAAACGUACCAACAAUGAGAGAACCCACUGGGAGAAAACGUAUUGUUUUUCUUUAAACACAUCUAAGGAUCUAAAACAAUGUUGUAGACUCAAAAGGUUGUUAUUUCAUCUUUGCGGUUUGUUUUUAUGGUAGCUGGCUUUUUUUGUCUUUUAUGUUAAGGAAAAAUAAAUUACAUUGUGUAAAAUAAACAAGAAUCAUGGUUAUGAACGAAUAAAUGAUGAUGAUGAUGAUGAUGAUGAUGAAACCUUUCAUUUUACUGAUUGUAAUAUGGUUUGAGAAUGUUUGUUUGAAUUUCCAAAUGAAAUGUGUCUGGUUUACACACAGCGGGGAACAGUAAUGAAUCCUGGGUAAUGAAGUUUAAUGUGUGUAUAUUGAAAGGCUUGGUGUGAAUGCAGGCUCCAGAGACCUCCCUGUUAGCCAUUCGGGUUAGACUGUUAGAAUGGUGUUCUUGUAACCAUGGUACUGUAUGCCUAGCCUGGACACAUUUGUGCUGUCUUGCCAAGUUGCCAAUUCACAGUGACCAUAGAGUUGGCAGAGACAGAUCUGGGAACAUUAGGUUAAAGUUUGGCAACUUGUGAUAUAAUAAAAUUAACCACCUGCGUGUAUUAUCAGCUAGUCAGAGUUUGCAGUGCUCCCAUUGGGCCAUUCUCCCUGUCGACCAAUUGGAGAUGGUCUCUGGAGGCUGAAUGCCACCACUCAGAAAUGAUGGAUUCUCUGUAUUGCCUUGUUAAUAUUAAUUGUGGACACAAUUUUAUAUAUGACAAAGACAUGGAAAUAAAGAUUAUUUAUCUUGUU